UAGAUCUGUUUUCUUAGUGCAGCUGUCUCAUGAUCCGUCAGUCUUGCACCACGCUUGCCUGACACCGUACUGUGAUCUGAAUCAGCACGUUAAAGCCAUGUCAUCCCCGGGGUCCCAGACCAGAAGCAGCACAGCUAAGGCCAGACUGGAAGCCACCAGAAGCGGCAAGGCCGAUCCCGUGGCAGUCAUCCAGGCCGAGCUGGACAACCUGAUCGCCAUGUCCAGCAGCGAGUCAUCCAGCACAGCAUCGUCGUCCCCUUCUAAAGCUGCCCAGUCCACCACCACCAUCAUCACGGCCGUCAGCGAGAGCACCACAUCAAACACCAGCACGCCAACCGAAGUCAGGGUCUCCUCAGGCGGAAACCCGGCCCAAGUCAUAACUCUGCCUCCUGGGUCGCCGGUUGGGAAGACCAUACAGAACAUUGUAAAACGCAGCAUGCCAUCGACGACGACAAGUCAGGUGGUGACCAAGGUCAUAAUCACACGGAACCCUACAACAAAACAGCCCAUGUCCACCAGUGUAGGGCUGAGCACCGCAACAGUUACCAUGGUGACACCUGGGACAGCCCAAACAUCCAGCGGACGGCAGUUGAUACCACCCGGGUCUCCCAUUAAGCUCAUCCCCAUCGCCCAGCCGGGCGUGGUGCCAUCCCAACAGGGUGUGGUCAUUCCAAAAGGCGUGGUUAUCACCUCGGCAUCGCCAAUGAAACAGAAUGCGACCAAAGUCGCCAUCCCCACAAUGAAGAGUCCAACGAAGGUCACCGUGAGUACGACGCCAAAGAAGAUCGCGCCGGCCCCUCAGACCAUCAUCGUCAAAUCCUCGGCAGAGCUAACAUCACAGCAGGUCGGAGUCUCUCUGACAUCGGUGUCAGGAGUCAAAACAGUAGCCAUGGUUGCUAACCCAUCGGCGAACCAAGCCCAGCAGCUCAAGCCAAUCCAGAUCAAACCAGCCCCGCAGGCGCAGGGCAAGCAGAGCACGGUGACGAGCAUCGUGACCACCAGCAAGGCGUCCAAGCCCCCAGUGGCAGUAACUACUGUUGCUGCAGCGACAUCGACUGCUGCGUCUGCCGCGCCGGCGACCACCGUGCAGUCCGUACAGGUUCCCGGAUCCAAGUUCUCCUACGUUAGGCUGGUCACCGUCACAGCAUCAAGCUCGGCAAGCACCCAGACUAAGCCUGUGGUCACAACCGCGAAACCCAUCGCUCCAGCCUCCACCACAGUGCACAACGUUGUGCGGACAAUACCCGCAACGAACCCCGUCAAAGUCAAUGUACCCAUUGCUCCAGCCCAGAAAAUCCAGGCGAAUCGGAGCAGCGCCGCUCAGGGCGGGGCGGGGUCGGGAUCCGCCACCCAGAACCGCAUGAUCAUGCCGGCUAACACCCAGCUGAAGAUCAUCAACCCGAUGACGGGGGAGACCAAGUUUGCCUCUUUCCCGCCCGGUACUACCCUGCUAGCCCCCAGCGGCAACAUCAUGCAGAACUUUGCCAUGGUGCCCAUGGUGCCUCAGGUGAUGUCUCAGGCCAAGCCGGUGUCCACACCCAACUAUGUCUCUCUGGCACCCUCACUGUCUGGGGGAGUUCCCCAAGCUCCGCCCCCACGGCCACGCUCCCCGCCUCCGCCAAGUCGUGUCAUCAAUGGGCGGCGAUCGGCCCAGUUGGACCCUGAACACCGACCACGGAAACCCUGCAAUUGCACCAAGUCGCAGUGUCUGAAAUUGUACUGCGACUGCUUUGCCAACGGGGAGUUCUGCAGCAGCUGUAAUUGCAACAACUGUUUCAACAACCUGGACCACGAGGAGGACCGGGCCCGGGCCAUCAAGGCCUGCCUGGACCGCAACCCCAACGCCUUUAAGCCCAAGAUCGGCAAGGGGCGGAACGGGGAGCUGGACCGGAGGCACAACAAGGGCUGCAACUGCAAGCGCUCAGGCUGCCUCAAGAACUACUGCGAGUGCUACGAGGCGAGGAUUCUGUGCUCCAAUAACUGCAAGUGUGUUGGGUGUAAAAACUUUGAGGAGAGCCCCGAGCGGAAGACGCUGAUGCACCUCGCCGACGCCGCAGAGGUCCGGGUUCAGCAGCAGACUGACGCCAACACCAAGCUACAGUUCCAAGACUUCCCCUCCCGGCCGGCUAUAGUCAAUGAUUCGGGCAAAAGGUUACCAUUCUCGUUCAUCACCAACGACGUCGCCGAGGCCACCUGCCAGUGCCUCCUGGCACAGGCCGAGCAGACGGAGCAGAAACGGACAUCCCAGGCCAAGGCUGAGCGGCUCAUCCUGGAAGAAUUUGGCCAGUGUCUGCGGCAGGUCAUCAACUCGGCCGGCAAGACCAAAGGGAUUGCCUCCUAAGCGAAGUGAUGUCACGCUGGACUCGUGGGGGCGCUCUUUGCUUGCUCAGAAAAAUUGGACGCGAUCGCAGGUCACCGAUUUCCGGGGAAAGAGGUUAGUCACUUGCCGAGAGAGGGUCUCACUGCAGGGCCCAUCGGAAUCUACAAGGCACUUUGCCAAACCGAAAAUUCUAUGAAGGACACUAACAAAAACAUGUUGCAGAGCACGAGUAGCGUUGGACAUCUCUCUCAUGAACUGCUAAUUUUCCUUGUCCGAAAUUUCGAGCUUCUUGUCUCUGAAACUCUUUGAUUUCUUUUGCCCCUCACUAUGUUCAUUUGAAAACUGAGAAUUUGGGGACAGAAAUGAAUACUCUCAAGAACAGUGCUCAGUGUUGAAUUUCAGACAGUUGAAAUGAGGCAUGUAAGCAAAUUCAUGCCACUUGCUGUGUGUUUAAGGUGGACUAAUUCUCAAACAAGUUUAAAAGUUGAAUGGAGAGGUUUCAUCUCAUAUUCUCAGUUUAUGGUGACAAAUCUCAGAGAAAGGUUGAUUCUUACAAUAUUCAACCUCAGAUCAGCUAUGAACUGGACACUGAGACAAUUUAUUUGGGCCUUUAUUUUUGGGGGGGGGAUUUCCAAUGGGGAAUAAAAAGUGUCCUGUUUAGUUUCCCCUCUGAGAUUAAGAAAUGGUGUGUCUUGUCUGGGGGAAGGCUGAAAAAAAAAAUUAGUUUGUCUGACCUGUCCAAGUAAAAAAAUGCUGCAAUUUUGCUUUUCGCUGGCCAACAGAGGGAGCAAAAAUGCACACAAGAAAUAGCAUCCUUAAGUAUGGUGGCUAAGAAUUGCCAUGUAAUGGGGAUAUUCAAAUGAAUAUUUCCCUGUAGUCCUUUUCGUUGACAUGGAUUUUCAUAGUCACAGGACGAUAAAUCAGUUUUUACCUCGUUGUUUAAGUCAAUGAAGACUAUUUUCAUCCCAGAUAACUGCAGGACUGGGGGUAAACUUAUUGUUUAUUUAAUUUUAUAAUUUCACGUAGAGUUAAAAACCCGUUAAAGCUGCGAUAAGAAUGUAGGAUAAAAUUGGUCAAUCAACUAAACAUGUACAUAUGCAUACCAGAAUCCAACGUUAUGAUCAUGGUUUUUGAAAUUAAAUCACUGUACAUAAAUUGUUGUAAUGGUAACAAAACUUACUACAUGUAUGCGGAAGCAAUAGGUUUCUGUUAAUGACAUAAUGUGUACGUAUCAAAACUUUAUGUCUUGAAGAAUCUGUACAGAGCGUCUUAGAAGAUGAGACAGUUCAUUUUAGUUUCUUUUAAGCUCAACAGGGGUGGGGCUGUUUUUAUGUAAGGGGAGAUACUAGAAGUAGAUAUUCCACCACGUUUUCUUAUUUGCCUCGCGCAUGGUACCUCUGUUUAGAGACUGUAUUGGGGGUGCACUUGCUUGACGGAGUCUUUGCCAGUACAGCCUCUCUUUGAGCACAGCCAGCCUAAGGUUCUGUGUAGCAUACAGUGUGCUUGCCUGGGCACAUUUUUGCGUGACCAUUCUCCCUCAUACGCAUCAUUUUGGUUGUCGUAAUGAGACUUUUGUGUGUUACGUAAACACACACCUUGGCUGCGUCGGCACCUGAUUAGCCACAGGAUCCCACUUCAAAUUGCCUUUUUUUCCCUGGUUUUUUGGUGCGCCCAUAAUUUUAAUCGUUUGUCAUUGGCCACUUUGUUCAUUUUUUUUUACUCCUCAACCUUGGAGUAUCAUCACCACUUAAAGCCAAGUCUAUUUCAGUUUAAUUUCAUAUACCCCCCCCCAAGCCACUGUUUUAUGUAUUUUUCUUGUAUAAAAUGGAAAUAAAACCUAUUUGAUAAAUGCUUUUUCCCCCAGUAGAAUUAAAGCCCAAACUAGAAUUGUUAGUAGUUGCUGAUAGGUUGGAUUGAGCUUUGCUGCCUGAGGGAGGUUCUUUGGAGGGGGAUCGGUCUUAGCAUUUUGAUACUUGUACAUAGAAAAUUAUUAUUUUAUGUAAACACUGUUGAUGUAUCCACAGAAGUGCAUAUUUGUUCAUAUUUCUAAACAUUUGUAAUGGUUGUCUGAUUUAUUUGUUUGUUUGUUUAGCGCUUUGGGUCUUGUGGGUGUGUUUUGUUAUGUGUAUUUCACGGUGGUUUUAUUUGCAACAAAAAAAACAUUGAGGGCAUAAUUUUGGAAAUGUGAUUUCAACUUUUCUUUUCCAGAUGGUAUCCUGUUUGCUUGCUUUUGUCAGAUGAUUGCUUUGUUAAUCUGUCGGUUCAAAGUCCCUGGGUCCUCAGUUUUGGUUCUAUUUUCUGUAAAACGUUUUCUUUGUUGGUUGUGUUGUUGUGAUUGUUGUUUGUUGGGGGAUGUUCACAAAAGGUUUUCUCUCCUUUUUUUCGUUUGGUGUUUUCUUGCUCUAUUUAUAUUUUAUUCGAAGUUCCUUGUCAAAAAGAAUCCUUUCCCGUCACAAUCCGUUGAGUAGUUCGGAGCGAAUGGUUUGGUUGAAGUCGCCUGACCAAUGUUGCAAAGAAUGCCUUUGCAGAAACAGAACAAUGCUUAGAAAUGCGAACCUCUCAAAUGGGGUUGGGGGAUUGCUGUCUUUGAAUGCCCUUUCUAAUGUAGUUUAUUUUUUAGUCAUUACAAAACGUCUGUCUGUAAUUGCAGUCUGAAAUCACACUUGUCAGGGCAGGUUGUGAAUCUACCUUCCAUCUAAAAUUUAAAUAACAAUGGGCGGUGCUUGUCCCAAAGCUCUGAACGUUCCCAAAGCUAAAUUGUCUUUACUCAAAAAUUACCUCACCAGUGUAAUGUGCGUAUUGGUUUUACUAUGAAGUGAUGUCUUCUCUCGUGUUGUAGAUUUCAGGUGGUAAACAUGACUGUUGUCACACUCCCGGGGUUGCACCCGCAAAGACCAAAGAAGGGAAAAUGCAGCCAUGUACCGACUGAAUUUUGCUAGCCCACCAUUUACAUGUCCGGCUGAUAUUUACGUGUACAUGAAAUAGCCUUCGGUCAUGUUGUAUGUGGGAAGCGAUCGCAUCGAUGGUUCAGGAUUAAAAUAAUGUAAAUGUCAUUUGA